UUUUCCUUUAUGCCUCCAUCCUAUAAAAAAGACCAGCAUCUAUGUGAAGUCUUGCAAGAGACCAAAACAAAAACUUUGAGAAGCGAAGACUUUCUUGAAAAAAACAAUGGGUUUGCGUAGGAUGUUCUUGUUAUUAGUGAUAUGUGUUGCUGUGAUAUUGUCGGAAAUGGGUGCUGCAGCUGUAGAAUUUCCAAUAGCCAAGAGGCCUCACUGCCAGGAUUGGUGUGGAGAUGUUAAGAUUCCUUAUCCAUUUGGUAUUACUGAAGAUUGCUACCUAAAUCAAUAUUUUCGCAUUAAUUGUAGUAACGAUUCGUCCGGCCAUCCCCAACCAGUGGUUGGUAAAAAUCUGGUUGUCACAAACAUUUCCAUCGACGGCGAGCUUGACAUCUUGAUGUAUAUAUCCCAUCAGUGUUACGAAAGUGGUAAGCCAGUUGAGCCUACCAACAAUCCCUGGAUCAACUACCCGGCUUUCACAAUUUCCAGCACCAAAAACAAGUUCGUCACCAUCGGCUGCGACACUUAUGCCUACCUCAAUGCUUUCCGAAACAACGAAAGGUUCUCCAUUGGCUGCAUGUCUAUAUGCAAAAGUCUUAUAAAUGUCGAAAAUGGAUUUUGCACUGGGAUUGGGUGUUGCCAGGUUGACAUCCCAAGGGGAUUGAAGAACUUUACUUUGGAUGCUCGUAGCUAUUACAAUCACACAAAUGUCUCUGAUUUCAAUCCAUGCAGCUUUGCUUUUGUGGCCAAAGAGGAUGACAAGUUCAAUUUCUUCUCUAGUUAUCUUGAAAGCCUGCGAGGGAAUGAGACCUAUCCAAUGGUUCUUGACUGGGCAAUCGGUAUUGAAACGUGUAAAACUGCUCCGAACAAGCUAGAUUACUUAUGUGGGGGGAACACCUUAUGUGAUGUUCCCCCAGAAGAGGUCGAUGGGUAUCGUUGCAAGUGCAAAGAAGGUUAUAAAGGAAACCCAUACCUCCCUGAUGGUUGCCAAGAUAUUAACGAGUGCGAAGCAGAUCCGAAACCCUGCAAUAUUACUACAUCAAGAUGCAACAACAUUGACGGGAGUUUUACAUGUACGUGCCUCGACGGAUACGAAGGCGAUGGGAAGAUCAUAAACGAAUCAACAAGUUGCAGACUUAAAGCGCGGGCCAACCGAUCAAAGAUUAAUAUCAUUAUUCCACUCGCUAUCAGCAUUGGCCUCAUAGGAUUGUUCAUGGGAGGUUCUUCAAUAUAUUUUGGACUCCAAAGAAGAAAACUCAUCAAGCUAAAAGAGAAAUUUUUCCAACAAAAUGGAGGCUCAUUGUUACAACAAAAACUCUCAAAUUAUAGAGCUUCUACAGAGGUUGCGAAAAUCUUUAGUGCUGAGGAACUGGAAAAAGCGACCAAUAAUUACGAUGAGAGCAGAAUCAUUGGUCAAGGAGGCUACGGAACUGUUUAUCGAGGAGUCCUGCCAGAUAAUGAAGUUGUUGCCAUUAAGAAAUCAAAGAUUUGUGAUCAAAGCCAAGUUGCGCAAUUCAUAAAUGAGGUAAUUGUGCUUACACAAAUUAACCAUAGAAAUGUGGUUAAGAUGUUAGGUUGUUGUCUAGAAACAGAAGUUCCAUUACUAGUUUAUCAAUACAUCACAAAUGGAACUCUUUCUAGUCACAUUCAUGAUAGAAACCUAUCAUCGUCACUCUCAUGGAAAAAACGUUUGAAGAUAGCAUCAGAAACUGCAGGGGCACUCGCAUACUUGCAUUCUUCAACUUCGGUGCCGAUUUUACACAGGGAUGUGAAACCGGCAAAUAUACUUUUAGAUGAUAACUAUUCAGCAAAAGUGGCUGACUUUGGAACUUCAAUUUUGGUCCCUCUUGAUCAAACAGAAUUAUCUACAUUGGUGAAGGGGACUUUUGGAUAUUUAGACCCAGAAUAUUUUUAUAGUAACCAACUUACAGAAAAAAGUGAUGUCUACAGCUUUGGUGUUGUUGUGGCAGAGUUAUUGACAGGUAAGAAAGCACUUUGUUUUGAUAGGCCUGAAAAGGAUAGAAGUUUGGCAAUGUACUUUAACUCUGCAGUAAAAGAGAGUCGCUUGCAUCAAAUUCUUGAUGAUCAAAUUGUCAGUGAUGGUAAUAUUAAUGUGAUAAAUGAAGUUGCUAAUAUUGCAAAAUGUUGCUUAAGUGUAAAAGGGGAGGAUAGGCCAACUAUGAAGGAAGUGGCAAUGGAGCUAGAAGGAUUGAUAAUUAAGGGAAAACAUCCGUGGGUAAAGUCUGAUCUCUAUAGAGAAGAGACAGAAUACUUGCUCGGGGCUCCUACACACUCUUUCAACAUUGAUGUUGACAAUGGUUCUUCUUCUACCAUCACAACAGUUGGGUUUGAAAGUACACGGAACCAAGCCAUGAAAUCAUUAUAUGAUGGGAGAUGA